AUGAACCCUGUACUGAUCAUGAUAGCCAUUGGAUCGGUAGUGGCAAUUGAGCAACGCGAUGUGCCGGAAUCCAUGGUGUACAAUUUGUUUGACGAUUUCUGGAAGACCGUGAAGCAAAACAAGGUUCUGUCCGUACUGAUCGUGUUCGCUCUCGGAGUCAUUGCCAAGUGGUUUGACUCUUUGUACAAGAAGUCGACCGAGCUGAUUGAACGAGGAAUGUGCUGCUGCUGUUGUGGACCGAACUGGGCAAGGUGUGUCCAACACUGGAAGGCGUAUGACAUCGCCAAAAUUUUGCGCUGGAUGCAGCCCCGGAAGCCCAGCCGAACGCCUUGCGAGCACACCAUGGAGCUGCGACCGAUGAGCGCACAGAGUACCACGACGACAAGUACACAAACCGCGGGGCCCCCUCGUGAACCGCAACACACGACGAAAGUUGAAGAGCAC